GGUUUUUGUUGUAAGAUGGCGCCUCAGAAGGCGUGAGUCAAAUACGGCGGAGCGGAGAAAAACACCGCUGUCGGCCGAGGCGAUAGCGCAGCUGGCCGGGCCGCCGGCUUCACCAGGCGGGCCGCUGUCUGCUGUGCUGCUGUGCUGCGGGAGGACUGCGGGAAGCCGUGUGGGCGGAGAGCGGAGCGGCAGGCCGAGUCAGAGCAAGACCGGUCGGGUCUUUUAGGCCUCUGAGUCAUGAAUAACGGCAUGGAGGGUUCGGUGUCUUUCGAGGAGCUGGUGAGGGUGAAGGCACGCAGUAUCCCCCAGCACCGCAUGAAAGAGUUCCUUGAGUCACUGGCUAGUAAAGGACCUGAAGCCCUGCAAGAAUUCAGCCAUGACGGGGAAGGCAACACUGUGGUCUACCAGCAGGGGGAGAACUGUGUGUACACAGACAGCACAGAAGUCGCAGGCUCACUACUGGAGCUGGCCUGUCCGGUCCAGGUCCAGGUGCAGCCGUCGUUACAGCAUCAGGAACAGCUGCCUCUGCAUCCUCAGGUGUCAACAGCACAGGUCACUACAGGUGGAUAUCAGUCCACAGAGCAGCAGCCCAUACAAGUACAGGUUCACAUUCAGGGCCAGCAGGCACAGAUUGGACACAUACCUUCUCAGCAUUUGCCAACUGUUGCUGCAGCAACACAGGUUAUACAGCCGGGAGACCUCACAGAGGAGCAACACCAACAGAUCCAGGCUCAGUUAAUAGCAGCAGUCACAAGCGGACAGCAGAUCCAGAUCCAGACAGUAGGGGCCGUACCUGAAUCCCCAGCUCAGCUCCAAACCUCUCUACAUGGGGAUGCCACCAACAGAACCACGGUCACUUCAGCCAGUGUCCUCCAACCUGCCAAGAAACGCAAAGUGGACCUCCCCAUCACAGUCUCCUAUGCCAUCCCUGGCCAACAGCUAGCUACGGUGGUAGCUAUUCCACAAAAUCAGCAACAGAGUUACGUGUCUCUAAGGCCUGAUUUAGUCACAGUGGACAGCACUCAGUUAUACAGCACAACUGGCACACUUACAAGUCCCACCGGAGAGACGUGGACCAUCCCUGUGUAUACAGCACCCACCCAACAGACCGGCAUCACCCACAUCGCUGUACCACAGGAUGCCUACGGCACUCCUACAGCACUUCAUGUCUCCGCCCCCAUUGCUACUGAUGACAAGGACAAGAACAAAACUGCUCAUAGUGUGUCAGUGGUUUCCAUGCCGACUGUGGGUGGGGGCACAGGGGGACAGGAAGAGGUGGUACAAGCAUUGUCAAAUACCCUCUUCCCUGCACAGUUUAUGAAUGGAAACAUUCAUAUACCUGUCGCUGUGCAGACUGUUGCCGGAGUAACGGGGUCAUGUCCAAACAGCUCACAGUCUUUGCACAUCUGGGACCCUCAGCAGCAGAUUGUACAGACAGUAGAUGGAGCUUCAGAGCAGCAGACCUUGCAGCAGGAGCAGAUGCAGGGUAUGUCUGACAGCGAGACAUUGCCCGCCUGUCUAAAGCCAGAGGAGGGGCUGCUGGAGUGGAGACUCUGGGCUCAAAAGAAGAACACCGAGCUGGAAAAGGAGCAGAGGAACACACUGGCCCCUAUUGGCAGGCGGCAGCAGUUGCGCUUUCAAGAGGACCUGCUCUCCAGUUCCAUAGCAGAGCUGAGUUUAGGCUUGUCUUUAAUGACACAGGAGGCCCGGGGCUUAGAGGGCGAGAGUUUAGAAGAUGAUAUGCUCUACUACAUCUUCCUUUGUAUACAAAAGUAUGUGUUUGAUAAUGGCAGAGUAGAUAAUAUAUUCACAGAUCGGUAUUAUCAGCGCUUUCAGCAAUCACUGCACAAAAUAUUGGACUCUUGGCAACCCAGCAUCCACCCUUUAGGUUACAUUAUCCCCAGUCAUGUGACUGAAGAAAUGUUAUGGGAAUGCAGACAAUUGGGAGCCCAUUCACCUUCCACACUCCUCACAACUCUAAUGUUUUUCAACACCAAGUAUUUUCAGUUAAAAACAGUUGAUCAGCACCUGAAAGUAGCGUUCACGAAGGUCUUACGACACACUAAGAAGAACCCAUCCAACCCCAAGGACAGGUGCACAAGCAUCCGCUACCUAAAGGGAGUUGGACAGUACCAGGUUGGCCAAAAAGUGACUGAUGACAUGUAUGCUGAGCAGUCAGAGUAUCCAGAGAACCCUUUACGCUGUCCUAUCAAACUCUAUGACUUCUACCUCUUUAAGUGUCCUCAGAGUGAUAAAGGUCGGAACGACGUCUUCUAUUUGACACCGGAAACUGUGGUUACCCCCAACAGCCCCAUCUGGUACUCGACGCAGCCAGUCUCGCGCGAGCAGCUGGAGCACAUGCUGUCUCGCAUCCUCAUCGUGCGGGAGAUACAGGAAGCCUCCGCCAGCAAAGCUGUAUCUCUGCAGUAGAGAGGGACGAUUAUGUCUUCACAGUUGUAACACAUGCAGUAGAAAAGAGGAGACACAACAUGGACCUUGCUAUCUCUCUUUUUGCCUUUGUUUUACAUACACAUACACACAUACCUACCUCUGCAGCUCAUUGUCUUUUAAGUUGCCUUAUGUUUUGGUAUUCAGAUCUUACUGAGAGACUUGCUUAAACUCACAUGGGCAUAGAUGUCUACUUAUCUUUUGCCAAAGUUCAGAUAAUUACAAAAAAGCUAUUUUUAUGAUUCUAGUCAAACCUCUUAGCAGUGAUUCUUACUUCACAACGCCUUAUUUAAUCCUCAUGCACUUCUUUUCCACCUUUUUGUCGUUUACCUCCCUCUUUCUCAGCUUUGUAGAAGCUGGUUUUGUUCCCAAACUCCUGCCUCAGUGCUGCUGGCCUGGACUGGUAAACUAAGGUUUAUACUAAAAGCAGUAUUGGGAUUUUCAGAUCCAAGCAUUUUAAUCAUUCAUGUCAACCUCACACAAAUGUUACAGAUGGCUGUACAUUGGCAGUUUUAAUUUUUUUCCAGUCAUGAACCUCAUGCAAAACCCAGUCUUAGAAUGAUAGUACAGUUCUCCUCAGCCCCCCAGACACAUCCUGUUUUUCAAAACAACUCACAACCUAGGGGGGCCAUGAGGACCGGGUUGGUAUUUUGUAUUAGUACAAAAGCAUAAACACUGAUUGUGUUUGGAAACAAGAGCAUGAGUUGUGCUGGUUGCUGUCAAGUCCAGCAGAAGUGUCAUAUACGUUAUAUGGACUGAUUUGCAACAAAUGCAUAAAGAUAAAUUUGUGAAUUUUA